UUUCGUCAUUUCUCACACCAAAAUUUUAGCUUCAACCUUCGUCAUAUUUUCGUAGAUCCAUUUUCUCUUUCUCGUUUUCAAUUUCAACCCGAUGACUUCCUCUGUUGAAGAACCCACCGUCUCCGCCGUCGAGCAAACCAUUGUGGAGGAGCCGGCCGCCGUCGACCCUCUCCCACCUGUUGUCAAUGAAUCUGACGAGCCCACUGCCGCCAAGCCAAAGAAAGCCCCCAAAGAGCCAAAACCCAGAAAGCCCGCUUCCAAGAACACUCGCACUCACCCUACCUAUGAAGAGAUGGUGACGGACGCGAUUGUGACUCUUAAGGAGAAAAACGGUUCGAGCCAGUAUGCUUUGGCCAAGUUCAUCGAAGAGAAGCAUAAGAAUCUUCCAGCGAACUUCAAGAAGAUUCUUCUGGUUCAGAUCAAGAAGCUUGUUGCUUCUGGGAAGCUUGUUAAGGUCAAGGGAUCGUACAAGUUACCAGCUAAGUCUGCUGCUCCAGCUAAGAAGCCAGCUGCCGCAAAGCCCAAGCCCAAGCCCAAGGCGAAAGCACCUGUAGCCAAGGCUCCAGCUGCUAAGUCUAAGGCGAAAGCUGCUCCUGCUAAGGCUAAGGCUAAGGCUAAGGCCAAAGCUGCUCCUGCCAAGGCUAAGCCAGCUGCCAAGGCUAAGCCUGCUGCGAAGGCAAAGCCUGCUGCCAAGGCUAAGCCUGUGGCGAAGGCGAAGCCCAAGGCGAAGGCUCCUGUUGCUAAGGCCAAUGCUGUACCUGUGGCUGCUAAGGCAAAGCCCGCGGCUAAGGCUAAGCCAGCUGCCAAGGCGAAACCAGCUGCGAGGCCUGCUAAGGCUUCAAGAACUUCAACAAGGACAUCACCUGGGAAGAGAGCUGCUGCGGCAAAACCGGCUGUGAAGAAAGCUGCUACGCCAGUGAAGAAGGCUGUACCGGCGAAAAAGGCUGCUACGCCAGUGAAGAAGGCUGCACCAGCAAGGAAGGCUCCAGCAAAAGGGGGGGUAGGAAGUGAAAAGGGGGAGGGGUAAUUAGAAAAGCUAGUGUUUGUAGUGGUAGCUAGCUGUAAAUUUUUCUUUGUUAUGCGGUGUAGUUUGGGUUCGUUACAGAUGUCGUUUGAAAAGAAGAAGGAAUUCUCAAUUUUACCAUUAAACUUUUAAAUUGAAAUUGUCCAGGAUUUUAGCUUUGUAUUUUUGUUCAUCAUAAAUGAAAAGCUAGAAGGUUUUCCCGA